UGGGACAUGUUUGCCUGGCACCUGAUGCCUUUUGGUGCUUGCCUGUCUCAUGGGUAGGGCAGCUAUUUGCCUAUCACCUCUCUGUGUCUGAGCUGCCUCGUCUUGUCCCUGGACUUCCCACCCAGCCUGCCUGAGGUUACUCCGCAUCUCUAGAUGCUAAACAACCGGGGAAUGCCCGGUAUGUAGCGGCUGUAAUCGAGAUGCGGCGCCCUGAAUCUACUUGUCCGCCUGGGUUGCGUGUCCAAUCCCGGCCCGUGCAUUGCUUUCGCUCUGGCUCGGGCUCUCCGGCAUGAACAGGUCUGGGGCUGGUUCAGCCUGCGGAGUCGCUGUGCUGUGUACAUGCCUGGGCAUAUCCCAGCGCGCUGGAGCAUCCCUCGCCCUUUCCCGUUUGUGCUGCAGGGGAUGGAGAGGCUCCAGUGGGCGAGCCUGUCUCUGUCUCAGCUAGAGAUCCUUGUAGGGAGAAGAGAAGCGGGCUGCCAGGAAGGAUCGGUCUUCUUAAUCAGCUUUCCUUCAACAUAUAACCCACAUGAUGGCAUUUAAUCUGCCUGACCUGUUUUCCACUGCCCAAUUCUACCAGCUGCCAACUUCAGAUAUGCAAUUCCAAUGAGCUGACCUCAUGAGGCAGACACGGCGUUAUUAAUUCCUUUCCUCAUUUGGUGCAUGAGGUUAUGAGAGAAGUGACAUGAAGAGAGGCCCAGUGCUGGUUUUUACCCUAUUUCUUGUCACCGAGGUCCGAGGUGCUGCUCCAAACCCAAUGGAAUGCCAGGAGAGUGAGUAUCUGGAUGAGCACAGGAAGUGUGUUCCUUGCAGAGAGUGUGGCCCUGGAUGGGAGCUUUCCAAGGAGUGUGGCUAUGGUGAAGGAAGGGAUGCACAGUGCACUGCUUGCCCUCCCAGGAGGUUUAAGGACAGCUGGGGGUUCCAUGGUUGCAAACCUUGUCUUUCCUGCCCCCUCAUCAACCGUGUCCAGAAAUCCAACUGCACUGCCACUUCCAAUGCAGCCUGUGGGGAAUGUCUGCCAGGGUUUUACAGUAAAACCCGGAUUGGCGGGCUGCAGGAUCUGGAAUGCAUCCCAUGCACAAAGCAGACGCCUUCCUCUGAGCCUCAGUGCAGCUCCAGGUCUAGCCUGGUGAAGGCAGCGAUUCCCACAGUACCUCCCCAGGACACUGCCCUCCUAGUGCUAACCAGCAGUGCGCUAGUCAUCAUUGCGUUGGUGCUGCUGGCACUCGCCAUCAUCUGCUGCAAGCGCUUCUGGAAGAGCCAGUGUCAGCGAGUGUUUCUGAGGACCCAGAGUUUCUCGGCCCAGAGGGUGAUGUUCUGGGCCUCAGCCAUGCCAAGCAGGUUUCCCUGUGAGGAACAGAUGUCUAGUCCCUGCUGCUUGGGUGUGAAGAACCUGAGCCCAUGCUCCAGGCAAGCAGAAGGUCCCGUUGAACCGGUUCAGUUCAUUUCGGAUGGUGAAGCCAUAGGCCUGCAGAUCCCUGCUCUCCAGCCCAAUGCGGAAGCGAUUGCCAUCAGCCCCAAUCCCAAAUCCCAGCUGGCGAGGAGCGUCUUGGAGACCCAACCCCUGAUAAGGAACUCAGGGUUCAGCGACUAUUCUGCGGGGGUCUCGUCAUCCUCUGAUGCCAGGCAGGGCCCAGCUGGGUUCACAGAGGCCCUGACUCCCCUCUCAUCAUGUGCUUCAGAGAUGCAACCCAGGUGGCCCCAUGCCCCAGUGGAGUGCACGGAGCUAGACCUGCAGAAGUUCUCCACCCAGGCUGAGUUUACGGGUACCAAAAACCAGGAGGAUGCAGAGAAGCAGGUGGCUCAGAGGGUCCGGAGACAUACAGAGGAACUAACCCUUGAAGUGCCCCUGUUUGGUGCCCCUCUGAUAACACAAAGUGAACUUGAUCUGGACCCUGCCAGGGGGUCAUCCUCAUCCUUCCAAAUUCCCACUGCUGAAAGCAGGGAGCAGCCUCAGGUGAAUGAUGUCCUGAGCCUUGUGAGUGAGAUUAGCAGAGCCACACAAGGUCUCCCCAUAGCACAGCUCCCCCACUCCUUGGUGCUGUCACUCGGCUUCCAGUUGGACCCUUGCUUGUCUGGUCUCAAGAAUUUCAGCCACGUGGGGGUGGAGCUGGGGGUCCCAUCCCAUCUGGUGAGCAGGAUGUCUGGAUUCAAGCAGCUCGUUGCUCACCUCGCCUCCUCAGGAGACACAGUCACUGUUCCCGCCCUGGCCCGGGUCCUACAGCGACUCCAGCGCUUCGACGCCUUGCUCCUACUCUGUGAUCAUUUCAUUAUGAGCCAGGCCCAGGGCUGCGAACACUAGGGGAAACCCACGUUGCUGCCUCCGCACACAGAGGGAGGGGCAACUCCAGGCAUCAUUUUGGCUGGGUGAAUCUGGCAGCGAUGCUGCUGCCUGGUUUCCUACCCACUCUUUGUGGGCUGUGUGGGGGUUGCCUUUGAAUCCUUGGGGUAGAAUCACAGUAGAAUGAUGAGUCUGUGAGUGCUCACUCAGCAAACUUCUCUCUCUUGACCACUGCUUGAGACCUACCUUGUGCUGGUGAUAGCUGGCAGCUGCACGUGGUACCUCCAAAUGCCACAUUUCUUCAUACGUGUUUAUAUUGAUGCCCAGAAACGUGGCCCUCAUGGUCACCAUGCAUGGUUACAGGGCCAUUUGCCUCCAUGGGCAGGUGUGGAUUUAUAAUGGGCCCUUCAAGCACACAGUGUUUCCUUGAAUCACAUCUCAGCUGUAAUGAUUGAACUCUUUGAGUGAGGGGCUGGAUGGUGGUGUGUGAAAAUAUCCCCCAACUCUAAGAUGGAGCUCAGAGGGUCUGGACCCUCUGUGUUGGAUUUCUCCCCUGCAGCUGAUUGUAUCUUCCUCUUAGAGACCUGAUAAUCAUUUGUUCUUCCCCCCCACUUUUUAGAUGUGGGCCUUCUCCAUUUGGCAGACAUUGUAUUUUGCUGGCUUUCUGCU